ACACCUCCUUCAUCCAGGCAAGGAAAAAACAAUCUUACUCGUUUGCUUGGAAAAGGGGUUUUAGAUGCUCGAGAUUUAAUUAUAAAAGGAAUCAGAUGGAUUCUAGGAAAUGGCAAAGUAAUAAACUUUUGGACCUUCAAUUGGGUCUUUGAUCACCCCUUGCACAUUUAUGUUGCUGAGGAAAAGAAGCAUCUCAUCAAUUGGAAUGAAACAGUGGAGGACUACAUGAGCAAUAAAGCUUGGAACAGAGAUCAUCUAUUUGGUUAUUGCAGCUUUGCUACUGAAGUUUGGAGACUGGCAGGUUUGUCUCCCUCCUUAAAUUGGAAUGAUGGAUAUUUGAAUGUCUUUCAUGAACUUUUGUUAUCUGAUUCCUUUGAUAGUAAACUCUUUGAGAAAUUAAUUACAAUUUGCUGGCAAAUGUGGAAAGCAAGGAAUGACACAAUCUUCAGAACUGUCCAAACAAAUCCACGAUCUGUGGUGGCGGCUUCUGCUACUGUUCUCAAUAGCAUAACUAAUCCUAACAGGCAAGUAAGGAGAGACUUAACUCAAACCCAACCCACCACUAUUAAGUGGAAGUCUCCGCCUGCUUCUUGUAUUAAGCUAAACUUUGAUGGAUCUAUGACCAAAACCUCUACGGCUGGGGGUUUCGUAAUCUGGGACAACCAAGGCAACCCCCUGGUUGCUGCCACUAAAAAUGCUGGAUCCACUACUGUACCUAUAGUUGAGGCCAUUGCUCUAAGAGAUGGACUCCUCUGCGCGCGUGACCAAGGCUACACAACAAUUGAAGUUGAAAGAGAUUCCAAAUUGGUCAUCGACGCAGUCAACAAAUGCCAGUCAACAAAUGAUUCAACCCCCCUGGAGGUUGCUAAAAAUUAUCCAGGAUAUCCAUGCUAUCGUUGCUUGCUUUAG